GUAAUGUUGAUAAUAUUGAUAGGGGAGAAAGUAUCACAGAUUUCAUUUCGAAUUUAUGUUGUAAUUUCGAUGAAGUUAAACUUCUGAAGAAACUCUGUUCUUGUGAUUGUAAUAAUUUCUCUGUUUCGUUCGUCUUUCCUGUCGUCUCAUCGAUCGACUAAUCAGUGCUGUUUUUCGUAUUUGGAAAAAGAGGAAAGCGAGACUGUAAGGCUUUGGUAUCCAUCCGAGGGUGGAAACAUUUUCAUACAAAACGGAAUUGAACAAGUUUUUUUUAAAAUAAAAUUAUCUAGAACAAAAAAAGUAGACAAACACAAAUUUAUAAAUAUUUCGUAAACUUUCAUAUACAUUACAUUAUAUUACAUAAAAAAUAUUACUGAAGAUAUAUCUACAUAUAACCAUUAAUACUUUUUGAGUAAUAAACACCAUGCCUGGAGAUGGUCAACAUCAAAGCGCCUAUCGAUAUAGACAUACUCGUCAAGCAUUUCAUCAUGAUGAUGCUGAAAACGGUGUAGAGAAAACAACACCUACAACAAAACAAUGUGAAGAUGAUGCUGCAUUGAAUGAGAAUCUGCCAAGAAUUGAUACAACUCGUUUGGCGAAUGAUCCAUUCUUAGGCACAGUAGCUGGUCGAUUAGCUCAAGAAAUACAUGACGAGUUUUUAGUUUGUAAAAUAUGCUUCGAUAGUUAUACAAAUCCAAAAUGUCUAGCAUGUUUGCAUACAUUCUGUGCUAAAUGCAUUGAAAAGCAUAUCUCUGCUGAAGUCACCUACAACAAGUACACAGAUUAUCGUGACUUUACAUGUCCAUUAUGCCGUAAACGUACACAAUUACCGUUGGGUGGAGUUAAACGUCUACCUGAUAAUUUUCUUAUCUCUGGAUUAACUGAUUUAGUUCUGAGACAAAGAGCUUCAUCGAAUGGUUCGUCAACGGCUACAAUUAUUGGUAGUCCAACUACACCUAGGAAUAAUACUUCCGCUGAUAAUCGCCAGGUAUCUAGUAAUGUGAAUGAAAGUGUCGAUUCGUUACAUCAAUUACCCAGUUUAGAAAGAAAGCCAUUACGUUAUGGUGAAUGUGAGAUAUGCUCACAAGUAAGUCGUGGUGAUAGGGGUCAUUCAAGUGAACCGUUGAAUAAGAUUAAUUCAUCAGAAAUCAAUGGGAAUAACAGCGCCACAACUAAUAAUACUACUACUGCUAAUGGUUAUAACAGUGUUAAUCAACAACGUGCUAGUUCAGCCAAUUUAAGUCAUUCACCGAAAGCAACUUCAAAAUGUCUAGAUUGUAAUAAACUGCUUUGUGAUGAAUGUGUUCAACGGCAUAGAAAUACAAAAGUCACUAAAGAUCAUUCAACAUUUGAAUUACAAUCACAUAGUGAAAUUGAGUGUAAAGAUCAUCCUGGUGAAACUGUUCGAUUCUAUUGUGAUGCAUGUUCACUGUGUAUAUGUGUAUUGUGCACGUUUAAUACACAUCGUGAACAUGAAGUAACAAGUUUCGGUGAAGCUGUUACAAAAUUACGCCAUGAAUUAUCACGGAAUUUAGAUGUCACCUGUCAACGAAUUGGUAAAGUUCAGUCGCAAAUACACGAUAUACGUGAGGCGGCGGAUAUAGUCAAUAGAAUAGAACAAAGAAUUCAUGAUACAGCUGAACAUUUUAUAGAAGAAAUUCAACGACAUGAACAAGACUUAAUCAAUGAACUGCAUCAAUUCAUCGGUGAGCGAAAUAUGCGCCAAAUACAAAAUCAACCAGAUCAAGAACAUCAUAUUGAAAUUGCUGAGAAUUUAUUCAAAGAUAUUGCUAAUUCAUUAGACAAUCAAGAUAUGGAACUAUUGUUGGCUAGAACAACUUUAUAUCAAAAAAUUGCUGAAUUGAAUCAGCUGAAUUUAAUCACCGAGAAAUUCAAUCCAAUCACAGCACAGAUCUAUUUUAGACCAGGUAGUGUUAAUUUAGGCUAUUUAACAAAUGAAAUGACUGUGAAGAAUAUGAAUACCGUGAAUCAUGAUGAUGACGAUGAUGUCGAGGAUGAAGCCGGUGAUGGAGAUGACGACGACGACGAUGAUGAUGAUGACGAUGACGAUGAUGACGAAGAGAAUUAUGAAGAUUUGUCAAUGCCAUUAGAGUGUGCUUCCUCGUCAAGCAGUUCACCUGCAUCAUCACUGGAAUUAGCUAAUCGACCAUGUAUCAAUUCAACAGCUUGUCAAACUGAUAUUACACUAAGCGAUAUCAAUGAAUCAAAAGAUUCGUGUAUUUAUAAAUUACAACAUCAUGAAGCACAAAACAAUGAUCAGUCAGUUAGUCAUCAACCAGCCAUUAAACAAUAUCGUACACGCGCGUGUAAUACAGAUUCAAUCGCAACAGUUAAUCAAGAGACAAAUACACGUCCACGUGGCAUCCAUACAAUUAUUACCUAUUCAGAUAUAUCAUCACAUACAACAUCUGAAGAAUACCUAGCGAAAUUAGACACAGAUAAAUUAAAUCUCAAUGAUAUGGAUAAUUUAACAAGAGCUAGAGUACGUCGUAAACUCCACGAACGUUUUAAUACAUUUGAUCAAGUACCAAAUGGGAAUAGUUAUAAUAGUAAUAGUAGUAGUACUAGUAAUAAUAAUAAUAAUACUAAUAAUAAUAAUAGUACUAGUAAUCGUAAUACUACUAAUGGUAAUUUAAGUACAAUAACAACCACAUCACAUACCAGUGGAUUACAUUUUUCAUCCAACGGGCCAUCACCAGCUCGAUCAACACAUUCAUCAAAGACUACUGUUAACUCUCAUCGUAACGCCAAUCAUCAUCAGCAUCAACAUCAUCAUACACAACAGCAACAUGAUGCUCUACCAAGACGUUAUAGUUCCUACGAUAAACGCUAUCAUUAUUAAACUCCGUACAUAUAUACAUAUAUAUAUGUAUUCAAAUUUCAAUGGUUUCCAUAGAUAUUUGUUUAAAUACACUAUUGUUAUUCAUACAUCACGAAAAAAAAUACUCGAGAAUGUAACUGAUAUAUUUAUAUAUAUACAUACAUACAUACAUAUUCAACUUCAUUUAAUGACGAUCAUGGUGAUGUUGAUUGUGUUAUUUUGUGACUCAUGAUAAGUAUUAUAAUUAGUAAACAUUAUCAAUUAUAAGAUGCAUUUUGAUUUUAUUCAUAAAGUAAUUUAAAAUAAAUUUUGAA